AUGCACUCCUCUGCCGACCUCUCCAAGAUCAAGGCUGAUCUUGCCCACGCCAUCACAAGCUUUCCCCCUACGAGCCAGCUCGAUGGCAGCAACUGGGGGCUCUACUCGACGGAGGUGGAGAUGUCGAUGUUCACGGUGGACGAGGUCUGGGACCACAUGCUAGGCAAGUCCGUCCGUCCGUCUCCCAACUCCGCCGUCCUGUCCCGUGAAGCGGAGAUCAAGGCCUGGGACACAGUUGAGGGCCUCGCGUUCCUCUUCCUCUGGCGCACGAUCAAGGACGUUGCCAUCAGGGCUGCCCACGUCAAGAAGAGUACCCCGGUUGCGUCCAUCUGGGCCAGCCUGAAGGCGGUGUACGAGAAGGACACCCGCUCUCGCCGCUUUGAGCUCAAGCGUGCGCUCUACAACCCUGUCCAUGACACCACCAAGCCGGUCAGCGAGUACAUCCACGCGAUUGUGCAGGCGAGUGAGUCGUUGACCGCCCUUGGACACGCUCCUCCCUCCGUCGAUGUCGUGGACUCCAUCAUCAUGCACCUCGACACCUCACACCCCCAGUGGCGACUCGUCCGCAACCUCCUCACCACCCGCACGUCUGACCCCUCCCUCGACGAACUCCGGAGCAUCCUCGUCGAGCAUGAGAACAUGGAGAGGUUGGACGAGAAGGCUGAGGCUGGAGCUGGUGAGUCGUCCGUGCUCUACGCUGGCGGGAAGGGGAAGGGGAAGGGGAAGGACAAGAGGUUGAAGAAGAAGCGUUCCCCUAUGCCCGCGCACUCCGAGUCGGACUCCGAUCAUGGCGGUCAGUCGUCUUCUGGCACAGAUGAUCAGUCGUUCUCUUGGCUCAAUCCCAGAGACCCUGCCCGGGACUGUCACCGCUGCGGUCGACGUGGUCACCUCGCUCGCUUCUGCAUGUUUGACAUGCCAGCCGAGGUCAGGGACAGGAUUGCGCAGGCUCGACGUGCCGGCAAGAAGGCCUUCCACACCUCCCUCAGCUCUGUGGGCGGCGAUGGCCUGGAUGACGUCGUUGCUGGUGCAGCCAUCGACUCAGACUCGGAUAGCGACUCUGGCGACUCGUACUCCGCCACCCAGGAGCAUCGCGCGCUUCGCAAGCGCAUUCAGGCGUAGGGUCAGUGGGAGGUCAGUGGGAGCAUGGGUUGUUGUUGGACAUUGUGGUUCGGUUUUUUGUUUGUUUUGUUUCUGUGUUUGUGCGCUCCCCUCGUUGCGGUCUUUUGGCGAGUGGGAGUGUUGGAACGAGUGGUGGGCGCCUGUGCCCGCACUCGGGGUCUCUGGUGUCCGGGGUCCUCCCUGGGUGCUAGCUCGCUGCUGUACUGUAGACACAGGUUCCCUUGUACCGCUAUCUACUCGCUUUACC